UUCCCUUUGUACCAUGUACGUGUCUUUCUGCUGUUGUGCCUUUCCAGUGACAGACUCCUUCCAUCCAGCUGGCACUGUGGAAGCAGGGUCCUCCGUGCCAGUAUAACACCUCGCGCUCUCCUUCACUCCCUCCUUCUGUGCGGGAGAGGAAAAAGUCUCAGGAGAUGGAGCUGUCCUACAGAUCCACCAUCUCCAUCUAUAAGAGUAUUCUGGACCAGUUCAACCCUGCGCUGGAGAACCUGGUAUACCUGGGGAACAACUACCUGCGUGCCUUCCACGCAUUAUCUGAAGCAGCUGAAGUCUAUUUUAAAGCAAUUGAGAAGAUUGGGGAGCAAGCGCUGCAGAGCUCCACCUCACACGUGCUGGGUGAUAUUCUGAUGCAGAUGUCCAACACGCAGAGACUCCUGAACUCUGAUUUGGAAGUUGUGGCUCAGACCUUCCACGUGGACUUGCUGCAGCACAUGGAGAAGAACACCAAAAUGGAUGUGCAGUUCAUUAGUGAGAGCCAAAAGCAGUAUGAGCUGGAGUACCGGCGUAGAGCCACCAACCUGGAUAAGUGCAUGGCAGAGCUGUGGAGAAUGGAGAGGGCCCGUGAUAAAAAUGCACGGGAAAUGAAGGAGAACGUGAUACGAUUGCGUUCAGAGAUGCAGGCAUUCAUCUCCGAGAGCCAGAGAGCUGCUGAGCUGGAAGAGAAACGCCGAUACCGCUUUCUGGCUGAAAAACACCAGCUGCUCUCCAACACCCUCCUCCAGUUCUACAGCAGGGCCCGGGGCAUGAUCCAGAGCAAGACACCACGGUGGCAGGAGCAACUGGAAGCCAGUCGCAACCCCUCGAGCAGCCACACACAGGGCCUCCUUGCUGCCUCCCAUGGCCAGGGCUAUCCAUCAGGCCGGGUCACCCCCACCCACCUUGAGAUGCCCCAGAGACCCCUUGAGGAUUUUGUUUCUCCCAUGACUGGAAGUAGAUCCAGUGUCUUCUCUCAGGAGCCUCCAGAAAUGAGACUGUCUCCUCAACCAGAGCCCCCCAGGCAGCCCUUGCAAAGGAUGCCAUCGGCUGGUUUGCUCUCUACCAGCCGUACUUCCCGUUCUGGUUCCUUUGGUGAAGGCAGCAGCAGUGAAGGCAGGAGGAGAAGCAACAUGGUGAGAGUACAGGCUAUCGUGCCCCAUGCAACAGGUACCAACCGGACCCUGCUACGGUUUGACCUUGGGGAUGUCAUCACAGUGCUGAUCCCAGAAGCGCAGAAUGGCUGGCUGUACGGCAAGCUGGAGGGCUCUUCCAUAUGUGGCUGGUUCCCCGAAACUUAUGUCAAGCCUCUGGAGGAUAUGAGGGACUCAGAGGAGCUAGCCACCAGGUCCUUCCCACUCCGAAGCAGUCACAGUAUGGAUGACAUCCUGGACCGUCCCAGCACUCCUUCCUCUAGCAAUUACUGGCCUGUCACUGCCCAGGCCCGUUUGCCAAGCCCGCCUCUGAUCUCAGUGGGUGCUAGCAGUCACCAGAGCAGGGUGGCGACUCCAGUUGGUUCAGAUUCGAAGAAAUCAAGAGUGUGGGACCAGCCCCCUGAACUCUUCCCACGAGGCACCAAUCCAUUUGCUACAGUCAAGCUGCGCCCCACAGUCACCAAUGACCGCUCAGCACCCGUCAUCCGAUGAAGCAGGGCUGCAGACAGCAGAGAAUUUGAGCAGGGAGGGGGAAGGCGUAGAACUGACCUUCUGUGAACCCAGCUGGGCAGCUUAGUGCUACCACUCAUGGAGUAAACUCUCUCUUUGCCUCCCUUCCCUCUUGGACAUGGGCAUCCAUCUCGCCUGACUGUCUGGCAUACUUUAGCCAGCAAUAGGCCCUUGCUGCUCUCUUUGGA